UAUUAUCAGUUUGGGGAGAAGAAGAAGAUAAUGGGUUGUUCAGUGGGUAGUGAAGAAACUGUAAUGCAGUGGGAGAAAACUGAAAUGGAAGAUAUUUCAUCAUCUCAGGAGAAGAUUUUCGUUUCAGUUAGGUUAAGACCUUUGAAUGCUAGAGAGAUUGGUAAGAAUAAUAAUGAUGGUUCUGAUUGGGAAUGUGUUAGUGAUAAUACCAUUAUAUUCAAGAAUAGUAUUCCUGAAAGAUCAAUGUAUCCAACUGCUUAUACAUUGGUCUUUUGUUUUACUCUUAGUACAGUUGAAAGUUCGGCACAUGAGUUUUUAGGGAAGGACAACUCAACCACUCUCUCGGCUAGUGUGAACUUUGUUGAUCUGGCGGGAAGCGAACGUGCAUCUCAAGCAUUAUCAGCUGGUACGAGACUGAAAGAAGGUUGCCACAUAAAUCGCAGUUUGCUUACUCUAGGAACGGUUAUUCGCAAGCUAAGCAAUGGAAGAAAUGGACAUGUUCCUUACAGAGAUUCUAAGCUUACACGUAUACUUCAACCUUCUUUAGGAGGCAAUGAAAGAACAGCAAUUAUAUGUACAAUUAGUCCUGCGAGAAACCAUCUUGAACAGUCAAAAAACACCCUCUUAUUUGCAAGUUGUGCAAAAGAGGUGUCUACAAAGCUUGGGGCGUUAACUGCCAGGCGUUGA